CAACUUAUCUAAUCAACAACAGUUGCGAACAAAUUGACACAAAUUGUAUUUCGUAUUUAUGGUUCAGUAUUUUACGAACAGUUGAGUAAAAAUGAAAACUUUAACGGUCAAAGAUCUGCAAUCUCUGCGUAGUUUGUAUGGAAACAAAGGACCGAAAUAUAUUCCGACCAUUGCACUUCUUGACCAUUUUAUCGAUCGUUUCGUAAAUCAUCCAGAAUGGACGGAUCAAGUUAAGUUUUCAACUAUAAACGAACGUACCUUGAAUGAUGGAACAUUUAUGAUGGCUUAUGCAACCGUCGACGGGCCAAUAAUUGUGUUCAAUAGUUUAGAACCAAAAUCGAUCAAAAAUUUAGCGGAAUUAUUAAACACUUUGAACUACUCCAAGGAAAACUUUUAUACUUUUUGGACCAUUACUGAGGAGUUUAAAAUUUUAAUUGAAAAUUUAGUGAAAGCCCAUGAUCUGGAAGUAAUUGAAAAUUAUGACUGUUUUUGCCACGUUUUCAAAAUUAAUCGGGAUGAUGUGUUGAAAAUGAUCAAAGAUGCGCCGGACGGAUUUUAUUACGACUCGUUGAAAGAGUCAGACAUUCCAAAAAUUCAGUCAACUCUGACUUAUAUGGUUGAACGUGGAUACUUAGAAGCAGUAAUCAACUAUAAUCCUACGACGGCACUCUACACCAAUGACGGAGAGCUAAUAGCAUGGGCAAUUAUGCACGAAAGUGGUGAAUCGGGAAUGCUUGAAGUGGUUGAACAAUACAAGAGACGAGGAAUUGGAAGAGAAUUGGUUUUGAGGCAGACGAUUAAGCUUCUAGACAAGAGAAGAAUUCUUUUUAGAUACAUUCUUCACGGCAAUGAUGUUGCAAAAGGUUUCAGUGAAGGUGUUAAUGAAAAAAUUAGUGAUGCCACUGCAGCUGGAAAAUUUAAUUUUGUUACUUUGAAGCCGAGAAUUAAUGAUAACUUGAAGAAAUCGAAACUUUAAUUCUCAUGCAAUGA